AAAAUAAAAACAAUAGUACUUUUGUGAGCGAGAAACGCAGUGCUUUGAAAUCACACACCGAACAGAACAGCACUUGAGUUCCUACCUCUCUUUGGAAUUGAAAUUCGGUUUUGAUUAAUCAAUUACGCAAAUUGCACAACUCUUUGAAUUUGGUUGGUAUAACAAAUGGAUAUGUACAUUCGCAUUAAGCGUGACAAGACAACAUAUUUCAUCCGGUGCAAGGCAUCUGAUAAAAUUCUUGACAUAAAGGAGAAGUUACAAGAGCUUGUUGACAAACCUGCUAAGGACCAACGGUUGAUUCUACCUGGUACAGGGGAAGUAUUAGAUGACUCUAAGACUCUGGCCGAUCAAAAGAUUGAUACAGAUGCUGUUGUUGCACUGACCUUGAGGAAAGAUGAUAAUGAGUUUGAGGAGGUCAACAUUGUUCGACCAAGUGAUUUCUAUCAGACGAGGGAUGCAGAGGGUGCCAGUUGGUAAUUGGUAAAGCCAUACUCCACCAAACUAGUAUGUUGUUCAUUGGAUCAUUGAUUUAGUUGGUCAUCCUUCUGUUAUUCUCUCUACUUUGUGUUCAUCGUUGUAUAACGACUUACACAACGCUGUCAAAAUAGUUUUUAAAUGGUAUGUGGAUAUAGUUCCGUAAAGAAGUUAUGCGAAUCACAUAACCAUUUAAAGAAGUUAUGUGAAUCUAUUUAUAAUGUUUGAAUCACAACUACUUUCAUUGCCACUUUGUAGAUAUAUUAAUGACACGCAGAUACAUUCAUAUA